AUGGAGGCAGAUGGUGAGACUAGUCAAGAACAGGCCAGCGAACAAGAUGAGAUAGAGAGCGAGCAGGUCCCAACUAGACACGAACUUCAGGAUCCGCCACCUCAUCCGAGAAAUUUCACAGCCGGAGACGGCGGUAGUCCGACUGCCCAGAGACAACAGCUGACUAGGAAGUUCUCGUGGGAACAGCAGUCACCCGGAAAGCGCGCCAGUGGCGCAACAACUUUCCAAGAAAUGGACCUUCCCAACCAGCAAUCCCAAUCGUUUAUCGGCAAGCUCGUGAGAGUGUGGCACAGUCUCGGAAUCAAAGAAGCGUUACCUGAAAUCUCUAAACGGGACAAAUUCGCUCAGUUUACCCUUCAUCCCAAUGUGAAAGAUAUCUUCGAGGAUUUCAAUGUCUUUGGCCAGACACCGCACCCUCUCGGGUGUGAAGACAACUGCGACAUGUGUCGGAACGUUUCAGGGGGCGAGGCUUGUACCAAGCACCUGUCGGACAGAUCGCUCGAUGUUUCCCCAUACUGGCAGCCGGGGACGGGCUUGAAUGGGCAGCCCGAGACACAGAGGCGGAGCAGCUACUUCGCGGUGUCGCAAAAGCCCUCCGAAGUGCUUGAGCAGCGCAGAAGCCGGAGUUUCAGUGGUGGCAAUGGACCUACUGAACAAACGGAAUCAUACUUGCCGCCUUUCACCUUUCAAAGUGCCUACAAGCCACCGCCGCCCACUAGAAAGCUCGUGAACAGCUUCUUGCCUAGCAUGGAACAUGGCACCCAGACAAAGCCUGAAAUACAUCGAAGACCCCUAAACAAUGCCGCCCCUUACCGUGCAUACCGGGAGCGGGUGUAUGAGUUCAAACCUGAGACGGAUAUCCCAUUCCGCCCGGUGAAUUGGGGAUCCAAAGACAACCGCGGGAGCAGCAAUGGCGGACCAAGUCAUCAGGCUCCAGGAACAGAGCUCAUUGCCGUGAAGAAGCACCGCGAGAACACCCUUCUCAGACUCUCGGGCCUCGACCAGCCAAAACCUUCCCUCAAGCGAAAGGACAGAGUGAAGAAGACCCGUGGGUCGCAGAGAUCACGUUUGCCAAGGCAGCCCGAGCGAAAAAGUUCCAAGCCACCAAGGCGCCGUCCUCACAGCAGGCUUGGUCCUGAGGUGCCGUUGCGGACUGGUAGUAGGAGAUGGCUCGGUGGGCAGAGAAUAUCCCGGGAUAGUGGACGAUCUCCUCGUGAUACCUCAAACUCACUGGGGGACGGCGACGGCGGAAACGAGCCUGUAGAUAGACGAGACGAGUAA